AUAAUUCCAAAUAUCAGUGACACGAAGGGAAUCUUUAACUUUAGUCCAACGGACGGACUGAAAAGUGGAGAUUGCUUCCGAUCCUCGACAAGAAAAUUCUCCUUUAAUAUAUGUGGGAAGGAAUGAUCUCAUCAUCUUCCCAAUAAAAAGUGGGAGAAAUGAGGUUACAUAUAACAUACGAAGAAAAUCCCCGGAAUUCUUAUGAAACCGUGUUGCAGGUUGUUAAACACAACAAAUUGGAACCCAAGCAUGGAGAGACGAUGCCGGAACUAUUGUCCGAGUUCAUUACGUUGUUGGGCAAGGAGAAGGAAGAAUGGGGUGGAGUGAAAGCAAUGACAGAGUGUGUGGAAGAGUAUCGUAGGUGGAAAAAUGAAUUUCAAGAGCUAAAUGAUAAGGACGCCACUUGUAACGACUUCCCCCCGUCGUAACGUGAUCGUUAUCCAAGGGGACGAAGGUUCAAUGACUAGCAAGGCGGUUAUUGAAGGUGUCGUUGAUUCACCAGCAAAUCGAGAAACACGGAAGGAGCCAGACCGUCCAAGUUCUGGCAAAGCUGUUAAACAAGAUCUGCCAAAGGCUUCAAAUACUUUAAAGGUGUUCCAGGCAGCAAGUCCGAAAGUGGCAGUAAGACCGUUGGCAAGCCAGCAGUUGAGUCGAAUUAAAACGGAGCCAGACCGUCCAAGUUCUGGCAAAGCUGUUAAACAAGAUCUGCCAAAGGCUUCAAAUACUUUAAAGGAGCCAGACCGUCCAAGUUCUAGCAAAUCUGUUAAACAAGAUUUGCCAAAGGCUUCAAAUACUUUAAAGGGGACAGAUGAUCCAAGCACUAAUAUAGCGAUUAUUCCAGCUACAAAUAAAAAAACACUAAAGGUCAAAAUCUAUAUGGGAACUGGGUGGGACACAGACUUUCCAAAGCUUCAUAGAGCUCAUGAUACAUGGUGGCAAGAUCCAGAAGACUGUCCACAAACGCAGUUGGACACCCAGUUGGGGAGGGGAAUUUGUGUUUCCGCUAUCUAGUUUGGAAAAUGAUGAGCUUGUUGUUGAAGUAUAUGACCAUACCCUAAUAUUUAAGGACAAAUUUGCUGGUACGUUUCGUCUCUGGGUGUCUAAGCUGAAACCAGGUAUACAAGUAAUUCCUCUAUCAGAUGAAGUGGGGAAACAGUGCAGAACGGCACGGCUGCUCAUGCGUUUUAUGUUUGUUUGAAAUGGAUCAGGCCUAUAUGUUACUUUUACUUUAUUGUUGUGUUUUUGGUGUGUGCGGUAUAGUACUUGUGAGUUGUUCCAUUUGUAACAAUCAAUACAUGGUAAGAAUUCUUUUCGUCAAAAGAAUGGUGAAUGUAUAGUAUUGUA